AUGGUGGCCUUCCUGGGAUCAACUUGCGUGCUACGAACAGCUCGAUCAUUAUUGGCGAUUUUAAUAAUACGCAUAUCAACCAUUAGGCAUAACGUGCACGAGUUCGCUACACGAGAUUUAGUUUCGGAUGUCAGCUUCGGGAAAUUUCCCAUCCCGGCCAUGCAGGAAGGGCAAGGACCAGUGUUUCCGCCACGUGAAGCUGGAACCGGCGGAGGAAUUGGCGGAUAUCAGCACGAAGAUUACCAAGACAACGCUGGCGGCGCGAGCGCGUAUAACGGCAACGGCGGUGGCGGAGCGGCGUAUCACGGCAAUGGCGGCGGGAACGUAGCUAACCCCAACAACGGUGGCGGCGCGACCGCGUGUCACGGCAACGGUGGCGGAAACGUAGCUUACCAGGGCAGCGGCGCUGGGGGAGGCACGCAUCGGAGCAACGGCGGCGCAGCUUUGGAUGAAACAGUGGCAUCAACAUCCACCGGAUAUACUGGCGCGACUGGGGCUUUUCGCUAUGCACCACCGGAAACGUACAUGGAGCGCUACAUUGAAGACCGUACUGGGAUUUCUUCGUCUGGACAGCCGAUGGACAACGAAGAGAUGGUGCAUCUCUCCAUCGAGAUUGCGCAGAAAGCCUUAAAGGAGCCGGGCGGUCUGAAAGAAGAAGCGAAACAAUCUCGGAAUAAAAAGAAGCGCAAAAAGGAUCAUUUUGGAUAA